GUGAAGCAUUGAUAUUCAAUGCCAGAAAAUCGUCUAUAUAUUACUUAUUCCAACCCAAACGGUGUAUUCUGUCCGGGUUCAAAUGUCGAAGGAAUCGUACAUCUUGAUCUCAAGGAAAAAAUCAAGGCUAAGUCACUUCGAAUUACGGUAGAUGGACGAGCGUAUACGCAUUGGUCAGCAACCCACUCCAGGAAGAUACUGAACAAAGAUGGAUCUACUCGUAUGGAAAACUAUAGCGUACCAUAUAGUGCUACAGUAAUCUAUGUUACCGGUGAUUCACUGGCUUGGGCAUCGCCUCAAGGCAAAAAAGAGGUUUUGCGUUCAGGCUCCUACCAAUUCCCUUUUGUAUUCACUCUACCGCUUACCUGCGCUCCUAGCUUUGAAGGACUCUAUGGAUACAUUCGAUAUAUGGUAAAAGUAGAACUCGAUCGACCGUGGCGGUUCAACAAAUGUGACCAGAAACCAUUCACAGUGGUUCCAAUUUUUGAUCUCAACACUAAUCCAACAGCUCGAUUACCCGUGAGAGAAGUCAAAGUCAAAAACUUAGGAAUUAUUCUAUUCAGAAGUGGUAAAGUUACGAUACAGUGUGAAAUGGCUAAGUCGGGUUUCGUUCCUGGUGAAACGAUAGUAAUCAACGCCACUAUUGAUAACGAUAGUUCGAGUACGAUAACGAAGGCGCAUGUCAAACUGGUGGAGUAUUCGAGAUAUGUUGCCUACGAACAGGGAAAUAUUAUUCGUCAGGGUAUCUUCAUAAACGCGUGUGGACACAAUUAUCGUGAACUGAGGAGGAAAUUAGCAACGGGUCAUCAGAAACUCUGCAUUAACAAGAAAAGCAAAUCUGUCGCUCAAAUAUACCUUCAAGUACCACCUACAGUGCCAUCCUUCAAUAUGUGCCCAAUUAUUAGCGUUGAAUAUUAUCUUGAGGUCAAAUUUGAAACUAGUGGAGCCCUCAAUAGUGGUAUCGAAAGUACUUACCCAAUCGUCUUGGGUACAGUACCAGUGCAAGCACAAACUGUCGUCGUCACACAACCGACUGCCCCUCCUUUCAUGGAAUUUCCAUCUUCAUCUGCCGUUAGUCCCGCCAUUCCAUCCGCUCCUCCCAUGGAGAGUCCUCCGCCAUAUAUGAACAGUAAUAAUGGCGAAAUAGCCUUCCAACCGCCUCCACCCAGCUACGAAGAAUGCAUCCAAGGCGUUCAGGGUACCACAAUGGAUACGGAAAAUAUCGAACCGUUCGCACCGAGAUAUCCCUUCUACCCUUCGCUCACCAACACGUCUUCCAAUCUUACUUCGGAGAAGAACGGAGUUUUAGGCUAUAAAGUUUGAUCUACGAGUACCUUCUGCGGCUUCUUAUGUACAAACGUACAAAUGUGCAAUAAAUAUG